AUGGCUGGUGAGGAUGUGCAGGAGGACCUGCCCGGCGUUGGGGCGGACGUCACUUUCUUCUUGUACCAGGAUGCCAACGGUUUGGGGGCUAUGAACGUGCGCCCUGCAAUGCCGGAUGUGGCCAGAAAGCUCACGAUGCCUGUGGUACCGCAGCAGAAGGGAGGCUACGGACGAACGCUCGGUGGGUCAGGAGCACAGCGCGAUUGGCAGUCGCCAUCGAGCCUGUCCAAGGCAAAGGCGCCCCGGCUGACGCCCAAAGGUUACGGUGGCGGCUAUGCGCCAGUUGCGCGUGGAACUGUGGAGCCGCAUGACAAAGUGUUAGAGCGUGUUCACAAUGCCCUGCAAAAAGCCGUGAACAAGGCGACCAAGAAAAUCGCUGACCAAGAGAAGGACUGGGAUCAGGUGGAGCUCUGCAAACGCAUCGUCCGGUAUUUAUACAAGGGAGCACAAGCUCCAGAGCUGCUAACGCUACACUGGCAUCAGGCUGCUGAACAGUUUGUCGACACAGCUAUGCAAGGCUUCACCGCAGCAUGCGGAGACAAACCGUGGUUCUUCGACAUGGAUCUCACAUCGGCAUUUGGCAUGGCCUUCUGGGAGAUCCUGACGGGCAGCAGACAACGUGCGCAAUGGUCUGAAGUAGAGGCGGUCCUCAACAGCAAGUAUGAGCAGUUGAUGGAUCUCUGCCUCCUGGAAAAGGCCAUGUGGGACUCUGCUGGCAGCCUGAUCCCAGAUCAGGAGCCGCUUAGAAACAAGCUGUACAAGGCCUUGAAGACGAGCCAUGAGGCAGCCUUCAGGGAAGCAUCUGAAGCACCAAGGCUGGGAGACCUGCAGCGUGUGGAGCACUUUACCAGGACAUGGAUAGAUGGUACGAUCAGCAAGUCCUACUCCGUGCUGGAGCAGGCCGAGGGCAAUCUCAUGAAUGAGGACAGCAUCGUCCUGCUCUACCAGGAACUUUUGGCACCUUUCGGCGAGGAGCAUCCAUUUUCCUGCAUUCCAGCCGUCCUGACGCAAAGUAUUGGGCGCCCACCAAGAGAUUGGGACUUCUUGCAGGAGGCUGUCAGGCAGUUCUUCCAGACCUGGAAUAACCCAGAAAACGGUAAUGGGGAUGCGCCUGGCCAUGGGCAACGCCGGACCUUCAAGAGGUCCUUUGACGCCUUCUCAGCGCCUACGCGACCCGCGAAAGGCAAAGGCAGAG